AUGGCAGUUCAGAAACUCCAGCGGCUGCUUGCCGGGGUUCAGUCCCGGCUGUCGGCUUCCUACAACCACACCUCGCAGUCCUACACACACACACACACACACAGCACCCACACCGACGCCCUCGCGGGCGGGCGCUGUCAGUCCCAGCACCCACCCGCUGUUUGGGCACCAAUCGGCCCCAGGACGCACGCGGGCGAGAGCCGGGCAGAGCGGGCGGCGCACCGGAGGGGGCCGGGACCUCGAGAGACUCCGGGGCGGGCAGGCCCUGGCCCUGUCUCAGCCCGCAGCCCGCCGUCCCGACCCGCCACCACGCCGCGGAGCCGGCGCCGGCGAGCGCAGGAAGAGCGAACUGGGUCCCGAGGCCCUCCGGCCCGGCCCGGCCCCGCGGCUCCUCUUCGGUUCCCGCCGCUGCGCCCUGCUCGCGGGGUCCUCGCGCUCCUCCACGACCCCGGGGGCCACAUCUCCCUGCGCCGGGACUCGUCCCUGCCCGCACUGGUCCCACGUAGACAGGCUGGCGCCUGCAGCCGAGGACGCACGCCGAGUGAGACGCACACGGCCCCGGGACGGUGGCUCGCUCCGGGCCGAAUCCCUGGCUGGGGCGGCCCCCGUCGGGUCGCGGGAGCGAAGCCCCCACGCCCCCCCCCCGGGUGGCACAAAAGUGCGGGAGGCCGUGCGGGCGGGAUCGGCCGCCGCCACCUUCCGCGAGGGGUCGGGUUGACGCUCGGCGCGGCGGACCUGCAGCCUGGGGUCCCGGCCCGCGCGCAGGGGUGGCGGCUGCAGCCCCGCUCGGUGGGGUCUCCCGCGGCCCUAUUCUUUGCCAUUUCCCUUUCCUUCAGCCCUUCCUUGGCGAACUCUUCACUGCAGAAAACUUUCUCCCUGCGUUUUGGCCCCACGUCCCUUCUGCCUUCAGACUCCGCCAGGCGAGGAAGGGCUAAGGCAGCCGGGGCCGCGGUGUCCGAAAGGAAAACCCAGAAGUGGCUUCUUGCGUAACCCUUCCCUGUACAGCCUGCUGUCUGCUGGCCUGGCCUUCCAUCCCAGAGAUAGCAGUGUUUGGAUUUGUUAUGUAAGGAAGGGAGGAUUAGAGGUUUACUCUGCUCCUCCUCCCCCCACCAAAAUAAAAGUCCUCAAAAGGUGCCUUUUGCAGACACCGUCUUUUCCAACAGCAGCCCUCCUAGAAGAAGUCAGUCUGGUUCCUAGAGCUGCUCCCAAGCUUGGGCCCAGCGCAAUCCUCUGAGGAGACUUGCCAGCUUGCAGCGAAGGAAGAGUCCCUGAUCCAGGGUGGACCGGCUUGUCGGAGGAAGUCACCAUAAGGCUUCUGAGGCUGGCCCUUACCUGGCUCAGAGGACUAGCUUUCUGUUGGAGAAGGCUGCUGCUAGAAUUUUGCCCCUUCUUCUGUGUCUGCUCCUAGGAGCAGGCAUCCAGACCACGGAGAGCAUUCCUCUCAGCUGGGGAGCACACAUUCUCUGUGCUUUGAACGCCUUCGCGGUGUUCCCCAUGCAUUUUCCACACCUUAUGUCUCUCCAGCAUCUAAAGUCCCCUUUUCCAUCGUGAGACACAAAUUACCUUAAAAGAUGAAUUUAGAUAAGAAGAUCAGAGCUGACUGUUCUCACCUGCAAGAAAUUAAAUGUAUGAGAUAAAUUGCUGCUCCAAUUUGGAAAACCACCUAAAUUAUUAAUAAGGGUUUGUUCCGAGGCAAAAUUCAGAAUGCCUUUCUGCAUUCUUUGCCUGUGAAGUUAUUUUCCUGUAAAGUAGCAGCCGCUUGUUACACAUUCCUUUUUAUUUGUAUCAAAAAAGGGGAUCCUGUCCUCAGGCUGGAGGGGCAGCCGCAGAAGCAAUGGGAGGAGGCCUGAUACUUUCUGGAAGAAGCCAGUUUUGGCGUGAGAAAGGGGCAGAAGUCCACAAAUUCAAAACUUCUAUCGCCGUGCCUUCCCUGUGAGGCUCUGUGCGUUUUACAGGGGCUUACACUUCUUUCAGUAAACAGGCAGGGGCGUGGGAAGCUUAGGGGUGCUCAUUUCAGAGCUGGAGAGAGCAAGGCAGGCAUUAAGCCUGGCCUGUGACUCCAUCGGGAAUCAGGAGCUCACUCUCAAGUCCCCUUGUUUCUUCUCGUGUCACUUUCACUGCCUUGACCCUGCCAGGGUUAUGUGCACCUGUUUCCUACUCAGGCGAGGCCCUGGGCUUGGAUUGGUCUUGGGGACUCAGCUCUGCUUUCCCUGAGUGGGCCGCAAAGGGCUGCAUCUCCCAAUGCAAGGCUUGGCAUUGGCCCUCCUUGGUGUCCUGGGAACUGGAGCCCGGUACACAUGUCCCUUUGCAUGGACAAGGGGCAGCGAGUUCACGAGGUCAUGGGGCACAAGAGGUGUGGCCAGAUCAUGAGGUUAGUCCUGUUAAAAUGGUUCACUUAAUUCUCUGAAGUGUGGGCUACUAUUGUCCAUGAAGACGGAGAAGUAGGCCCAGACCAGGCACCUCUUGCCCAGCAGAAGAUGGAAAACUUGAGUCCCCCCCCCCAUACCAAAAUUUGUAUUUUUGGCAUCAGAUUCCACAAGUUCACAUCCCUUAUCUGAAACACCUGAGGGGGGUGGUGGUGGUGAAGAGCGUGGGGGAAAAUAUGGAGGGGUGGCAAAUAGCCCUUGUGGAGGAGAGUUUCCUUCUAAUUCCCUUUGCACAGGGUAGUCUCUUUCCUGGGGGUAUAAUUACCAUUUUCCACACACAAGUCUCCCUGCCCGGACACACAGAUGGACGAUGGGCUCCUGGAGAUACAGCAGGACAAACAUAAGGGGAUCAGAGGGAAACUACAGCAUCAGUCUCUCACGGAGAAGCCAGCAGCUUAUGGUGGUCCUGGGGUGUGCGUGUGUGUGUGCGUGUGUGUGUGUGUGUGUGUGUGGUGGGGCCCACUUGGGCAUUGCUAGCUUGGGACAUUGAUGCUUUUCAUAAUCAACAGACCCCUCACCUUUCAUCUGUUCUCAGUUGAACUUUCCAGCAAAUGGAUCAUAAUUAGCAGAGCAAGUGUCUAUAAAAGCAGCAGCCUCUAGGUGAGGCAGUUUUGAUGGAAUCAUCCUUAGUUUAACCAAAGCUGUUUCUGGUGCAGUAUGGAAACUUCGAACCUGCACACAGAUGUGCUUACACUCUUAAGGCAGGCACGCGCAUAAACACGUAUGCAGCUCGCUCUUAAAUUCACAGAGGCAGGCAAGCAUGUAUGUGCACACGCUUAAAUCCCCAUGCGCUUAUCUGCUGUAUCUGCACUCUCACACCGUGUGCACGAAAGGCACACGAUUGUGCAUAUACCUGUAUGGAUUUAUGCUUGCAUUGAAAGCCAAGGAUUACAUACGUGUAAACACCCUGACAAAAUGCAUUUGGGUCCAUGAUCGUCUUUACAUGUUCUCAUCCACAGACAUACGUGCUUUGUGUAUUGGGCACUGGCCUUCACACCGCCCCCCGCCCCCCAAGCACCGUGUAACAAGUGAAAUGUGGCAGUGGCGGGGUUAAUGGAGGCCCAGACUCCCAUAAAUAUUUAUAUGAAGCACUCGAGAUCUGGAAGCAAGAGAGGAAAGCUCUGGAAGCAAGAGAGGAAAGCUCGCCCCACAAGCCCCUGUCAAUCAUGUACUGCUGCAUGUUACCUGUCACAGCCAAGCCAUACAAUAUGAUUGUACAGUAUGACCACCGUGAGGGUCACUUUUAUGCUGGUGCACAGGGCCCAUUCCGUGCCUGGCCAGGCAGCCCAGCAGAUGUGCCAGGUUGGUAGCCACUCCUAGGAUUCUCCUGCAUGCUUCAAAAGGAAGCCUUUCAACAUUGCUGCUGCAGGUGCAGAGUUGAAGGCGGAGCAAAAGCUUCUUGAAUAUCUGAGACUUGGCUUCUCCAGUGAAGACAGAAGCUAUCCUGGCAAGACGGCCUGUGGGGGGCGGCUUGUGAACAGGUGGGUGCCAGAGAGAGGUGGGGCUCCUGGGCUGAUCGGAUCCAGCUUUGCUAUGGCAGGGGCUCCAGCUUCUGGAGCUGCUCUGGCCCACCAAAACUUUGGGUCCCAAAGGAACCUACUGUCCCAGUUCUCCACAACUGCUACAAUCCUGCGUUCAGCGAAUAAUCUGCUUCCGGGCCUGCCACCUAAGACUAUCCAUUCAAUCGCUGAACAAACAUUUGUUGUGUGUCUUCCAUAUGCCAGGCAUUGUGCUAGGUGUUGGCAAUACAACAAUGAACAAAACCAGAAAUAAUCCCAGCAAACAAUCCUCGUGGAGUUUACAGUCUAGCAGGAAAGAGAGAGCGUGCGAGCAGUUAGAUGUAACAGGAAUCGGUGUAGAGUUUCAAAAGGAGAAAGCAACCCGGAUCUCUGAGAGCAUCUGUACUAAAGUGAAGCUGACCUAGCCUGGGGAGAGUGAUCAGGGAGGGCUUCCUGGAGGGGGUGAUAUUCGAGCUAGGAUAUGAAGCCUGGAUAAGCAUUAUCCAAGUCGGAUGGGUAAGGGAAGAACAUUUUAGGUCUAAAUUUUUUUCUGGAAUGGGAAAUUUCUUUCUCCUUGCUCAGGACAUGUGCUUGGUACUCCCUCUGCCUGCACCGUCUUAUUUCAGAGAGAGCUGUGGCCAGCUCCCUCACCCCCUUCACUUCCUUGCUCAGAUCUGUCUCCCUUUCCUGAUGAGGUUUAUCCUGACCACCCUACCUGAUCUGGCAACCUGCUCCCUCCCGCCUCCCUGGGCGCUCCCGACCUGCCUUAUUCUGCUCUACUGACCCUUUUCUUCUCACCCCUCCCCACCUAAUGCUAAUCACCUUGGAACACUGGAUUAUUUACUCAUCUAGGGCUUAUUUUCUGCUUUUUCCUGCCAGCACAUAAGCCCUGUGAGGUCAAAGUCUGAUGACUUUUGUUCACCCGUGUCCCUAAGCACUAUGAGCGGUGCCUGGCACUCAGUAAGACCCCAAUAACCCAGUAGUUGGUUGAAUGAAUAUGUGUUGAAUAAAAUGUACUUAAAAAGGAAAGGGGUCAUGUCUGUGAAAGCAUGGCUUUGAGGUCCUAGCUAUCUCUCAUCUAUCUAUCUAUCUAUCAUCUAUCAGUAUCUAGUUUUUUGAUACUCCUUAAAAUACAUACUGCUAAUUAAAAAAAAAAACAACAACAUUGUUUGUGUAUCAUCCACUAAAAUCUUGCAUCCCUCAGUGGUACCCUUUGGGACACAUUCUGGUAUCUGUGUGUGAGGAGAGAGGCUGACAUCUGAUAUGAGAGGCAGGUCAGGGAGCACUGGGCGUUGGGG